CAAAAAAGAACGCCGAGUCCCGCAGGCCGCAGCUCGUCGCCGGAAAAUAUUAAUACCUAAUUUUAUACUUUUAUUUUACUAGUCAAAACCUAUUUUCAAUUUUUAAAACUACUAUUUUACAACUAAUAUGUUUAAGUUAAAAUUGACAGCAUUGGGUCACCCGAAUCCUGAAGGCUUCAACUGUGAAGAUGAACAAGAAUAUAGAAGCGUUAUCCUGUGGUUGGAAGAUCAAAAAAUUAGGCAUUACAAGAUUGAGGAGAGGGAGGGCUUACGGAACACCGAGAGUGAUAGUUGGAAGGAAGCAUAUGAUACAUAUCAAAGGGAUUUAGUCAGCCCCGUCGUUGACGGAGAAAUGAAUGAACAAUUAAAUUGGCUACUUUCCUAUGCAGUUCGAUUAGAAUAUGCAGACAAUGUAACAAAGUAUAAGAAUAUACAAAUAGAUGAACCCAAGAAAGUAGCUCCAAAUGUUAUUUCUUCCAAUCCUUUAGAUAAUCUUGACUUUGACAGUCCAAGUUUCAAAGCCGGCGUUGAGAGAAUUUGUGCAAUUGCUGGAGUAGGACCACAUGUUGAUCCGAAGCUUCGCAUAGCAGCGGUUGCCAAGAUUUUAAAAACUGCACCCCAUCCUGAUUACCCAAGGAAUGAUAUGAAUGUUGUCCAGCAACCAUCAGAUGUGUUCCAACUCCUUUUUAUACAAGAUCUAAGAGAUUUGCAGACAAAGAUCAAUGAAGCUCUAGUUGCAGUACAGUCUAUUACUGCAGAUCCGAGAACUGACACCAGUCUCGGAAAAGUUGGCAGAUAAAAUGUAAAAAAUAAUUAAUCUAUGUUGAUCUUGGUCCUAUAUUUUUAUUUAUUACUAACUUAAA